AUAUUUAGAGUUCUGUAUCAGUAAAAACACAAAAACAAUAGACCCAUUAGUAGAUGUCAUCGUGCAUGCGACAAACAAAAGCGGUCAGGAAGAGAUAAAACAAGUGACAGUAAACGAAGCACCGCAUAAUAUACCGAUGCUAUCCGUCGAUAGCACUACCUGCUUCCUCCAAACAUUCGCUUGCCGACAUUCAACCAGGAUGGUCGCGAUCAUAAUCCUCUUAUCCUGCUUAACGCUCGCUUCAGGCGAACACUCGGGAGCAUACUCGUCUCCGCAAUACGCAAAGAAAAUCUUCCCGAAGAAAGGUUACGAUACAAUUGCCUUGUUGCCGAGAGAAAGACCACCGGCACCUUUCAAUGAGAGUCGAGAAACGAUAUCGAGGUUCGACGCGAAUGACACUACUCAGUACGGAAGAUCGACUUUCAUGGAAUCAGCCAGUAAUUUCUUCAGCGGCACCGGAGGUCAGGUGAUAACGAGCAUUGCGAAGGACUUCAUAGCGAGGUCCACGGGCAGCAGUCAGGUUGGUUUUGACUGCGUUUCGCAGGUCUUAAGUCUGAACCUCACCAAUCUGGUUAUACUGAUAGUUUUGAAAGCGCUGGUGCUCGCCGCCGGAUUCUUCGGAGCUGGAGCGUGGAAAGGGGGACAUUAUUAUGGAAGAAGUCUUGAAGAUAAUAGUAACGUGUCCUAUAUUACCGAAGAUGAAAUCUUGUUAUAUUUGAGCUACUUGGCUGGCCAACAGAAUAAGGAUUACGGCUGCCUGUACUUACUGUCUUGUCAGAGACCACACCAGGCUGGCUUAUACUCGUCAGGAGCUGAUUUACUUCUGCAAGGCACGAAGCUAUUCCAAGGCAAUUCCGUCGAUUUGGAACAAUACGAAAACGUCACGUACGGCAUUAAGCACGCCGCUGACUGGGGAGAGAGAGGAAUGAACUGCGACACAAGAUACAGAUGUGGAAAAUAAUUAUAACCAAACACCAACAUAAUUUAUUUAAUUCGAGAAAAAAAUAGCUCUGUCCUUAAAUCAAUGAACGUUGAUUUACUUUUGCUGUUUUUGUUUUUAAUUAUAUUUUAUACAAUUUUGUUUUAACAUUUUCUAUUCGUUCUCUGAUUAAAAAAGAUCUGUUUGAACU